UUUGACUAGCGCGUUUUGGAAUAAGUAGCACCUUGUCUCCGCCUGGAAGCAUGAAAAAAAUACUGCCGGCCCAGCCAAAUUCAAGAAAUUACUGCUAUCAAACUGCAUGUCCUCCCCCCGCUACAGCCUACCAAAAUGGCACCCCUCAUCCCGUCGCAGGAAGAGCUAGAACGCAGAAGAAUUGUCGGUAUCAAUGCAGAGACAGUAACGGAUAUUUCUGCCACUGAUUUCCCAGGGCACUGGCCCGGUGAAUCCCAUGAAUGGGCAGUAGAAAAGUUCAAAAGGGAUUUCCGCGUCGAAUUCCACCGUAACGAACGAUUCGAAGCGUCGUUCUCCUUGAUCGGUGUCGAUGCAGCGAUUGCGAAUGCCUUCCGUCGUAUUCUCAUAGCUGAGGUCCCUACGCUUGCCAUCGAAUUCGUUUUCGUACACAACAACACCUCCGUGAUCCAGGACGAGGUUCUCGCCCAACGACUAGGCUUGAUCCCUCUCAAGGGUUCCGUAGAAGGUCUUAACUGGAUGCGUUGGUUUAAAAAACCGACGGACGAAGAGCCAGGGUCCGACCCAAGUGACUUCAACACCGUCGUCCUCCGCCUGGACGUGGAAUGUACCAGGAACCCUAACGCUGCGCCCGGAGAAGAUGAUCCCAGGAAACUCUACAACCAUGCGCAUGUAUACGCAAAGGAUAUCACGUUCCAUCCUGUUGGACGUCAGGAGCAUUUUUUCAAGGGCGAUGAUGCCAUUCAGCCCGUUAAUCCGGAUAUCCUCGUCGCCAAGCUUCGUCCGGGGCAGAAAAUAGAGAUGGAGCUGCACUGUAUCAAGGGUAUUGGGGCUGAUCACGCAAAGUUUUCCCCAGUGGCCACCGCAACCUACAGACUCUUGCCUGACAUUAAAAUUCUUCGUCCCAUUCUCGGCGAGGAUGCGAAGAAAUUUGCCAAAUGCUUCCCCAAGGGUGUGAUCGGUCUGAAGACGGUCACAAAGGAAGAAGCUGCGCAGAAGGGAAGCGGCUAUGAGGGCUACGCUGGCGAGACGAAGGCAGUAGUUAUUGAUCCUUUCAAGGACACUGUCAGCAGAGAAUGCUUGAGACACGACGAGUUCAAGGACAAGGUUAAACUGGGACGAGUGCGGGAUCAUUUCAUUUUCAAUGUGGAAAGCACAGGCCAGUUUGAAAGUGAUGUGCUCUUCCUGGAAAGUGUCAAGGUGCUGAAGCUGAAAUGUGCAAGGUGGAAGAGAGGCUUGACCGACCUCAUGCGGUAAUAUUCUGAGUCCUUACAAUAUCUAAUGCAUCGCUGGCGUUGGUUGUCUUUUUUCCGUCUUAUGUACUUCUACGCAAAAGUUUGGCUGGAGACUUUCUUUUUCUAUUUUAAAAAUACCGGGGAGUUGGGACUGGGAAACCGUGAUAGAACUUUAUGAAUGCGAAAUUUG